GUCCGCAGGAAGUACAUUCAAGGAAGUCCUUUUUGCAUUUUUUUUUUUUUUUUGAGUGACAGCUGAGUGCCUGGUGACAGUCCACACGGGACGGCGUCCAGCCCGCACAGCCGAGCCGAUACUCAACAUGGCAGGUCUAUCUUUAUACUUCGAAGACGGCCAUGACGAUCUAGAUGAUUUUGGCUUCGACGACUAUGGAUCAGAAUGCGACAGCAUCCGCAUCACGGCCUUCCUCGACGCAGGCCAGGACAACUUGACGCCGCUCGGGAGGCUAGAGAAGUACGCUUUCAGUGAGAAUGUUUUUAACAGGCAGAUCGUGGCCCGCGGGCUGCUCGAUGUGCUUCGUGAGUUCAGCGAUAAUGAAAAUGACUUCAUCAGUGUCAUGGAGACAGUUGGCAGAAUGUCAGAAGAUGGAGAGCCGACCGUGCGAGCCGAGCUGAUGGAGCAGGUCCCCAACAUCGCCAUGUUUUUACACGAGAGUCGGCCCAACUUCCCUGCCGCGUUCUCCAGAUACUUGGUACCCAUUGUAGUCCGGUACCUCACCGAUCCCAACAACCAGGUGCGAAAGACCAGCCAGGCGGCACUGCUGGUGCUGCUGGAGCAGGGCCUCAUCUCAAAGGCUGACAUGGAGACCAAAGUUUGUCCAGUUCUGCUGGAUCUCACAGAACCCAGCAGCGACGACGAUUACAAGAUUGAGGCGGUUGCUAUAAUGUGUAAAGUGGUGACCAUGUUGAGCAAAGACACAGUGGCGCAUCUCCUACUGCCACGCUUCUGCGACCUGUGCAGUGACACCAGACUCUUUCAAGUGCGCAAGGUCUGCGCAGCCAAUUUUGGAGAAUUCUGUUCAAUUGUGGGUCAGGAGGCUACAGAAAAACUACUGAUUCCCAAGUUCUUCGACCUGUGCUCAGACAGCCUGUGGGGCAUCAGGAAAGCCUGCGCUGAGUGCUUCAUGAUGGUCUCCAAUUCGACCUCACCUGAAGUGCGACGUGCAAAGUUGUCGCCGCUCUUCAUCAGCCUCAUCAGCGACCAGUCCCGCUGGGUGCGGCAGGCUGCUUUUCAGUCUCUGGGCCGUUUCAUCUCCACCUUCGCCAACCCGACCAGCGCAGGCUUCCACUUCAGAGAGGACAACGGGCUACUUGAUGUUUCCAGGUGCACGUCAGACAGCGACUGCUCCUUGAACUCCCUCAACUGCGCCGACAUCAGCAUCCGCCGCACGGAACGAACAAUCGCUCAUACGCCUCCCAACCAAGAUGGCCGUGCCACGCCGUCGCCGGAGCACGUCCCGGCGGCCGAGGAGAUGAACUACGACGACAACAACCACAGCUUCGCUCACGGAGAGGCGCUCGACAGCUUGCUGCGCGUCGGCAACAACGCCAGGAACGCCAAAGAGACGACGCAGGCAGACGAGAACUUUAACUCCUUCCACUUCUGGAGACCUCCUCUACCGGACAUCAGUGGCGAACUGGAGCUGCUCAGCUGUCAAAUGGGGGACAUGAUUGACAAGAAGAGGAAAGAGGCGCAGAAAGAAGCGGAAGAUUUCGGAAGCGCUCCAGAUUCCAAGGCCAGCCCUGGUAAGCCUACCAGCGACCAGAUCCAGAUGGUCUUAGACUGUUUGCAGCCGCACAUGGACGACCCGGAUGUCCAAGCUCAAGUUCAGGUCUUGUCAGCGGCUCUGAAGGCCGCUCAGCUCGACAGCCCGUCCGACGACGGUCCCACGGAAAGCCAGCCGAUGGAGCCACCUGCUGACAGCGACCCCGACAUCCCGCCUGUUGAGAGCAAAUCAGUGGAGGUUCAGGCCGAGGCCGCAGAGGGUCUCGCUAAAGAGGAGCAAACGACAAAAAGCCUUUUUGCCCCCGAGACGUGCCCGGUCCAGGAGCAAGGAGAUGAGGAGACACAAACGGAACCCCUGGAAGAUCGGGAAGAGUCGCCACCUGACUCUCCAGUUCUGGUGUCUAAGCUAAUUGAAAGUGUGGAGGAAGAGGGAAAAGAUGACUCAAUGUGUGAAGACAAGCCUAAAGUCCAGAAUGUUAUCCCGCAGCAGCUGUUGGAUCAGUACCUCUCCAUGACGGACCCGGCGCGUGCUCAGACGGUGGACACGGAGAUAGCCAAGCACUGUGCCUUCAGCCUGCCCGGCGUGGCGCUCACUCUGGGCCGACAGAACUGGCACUGCCUCAAGGACACCUACGAAACGUUGGCCGCUGAUGUCCAGUGGAAAGUGCGCCGCACGCUGGCGUUCUCCAUCCACGAACUGGCGGUCAUCCUAGGGGACCAGCUGACUGCGGCAGAUCUGGUUCCCAUCUUCAACGGCUUCCUCAAAGACCUGGAGGAGGUCCGCAUCGGCGUCCUCAAGCACCUCUACGACUUCCUCAAGUUGCUCCAUGCGGACAAGAGGAGGGAAUACUUGUACCAGCUGGAGGACUUCAUGGGGCCCGAAAACGGGCGCAACUGGAGGUUCCGAUACGAGCUGGCAGAGCAGCUGAUCCUGAUCAUCGAGUUGUACAGCCACUACGACGUGUACGACUACCUCAGGCAGAUCGCGCUCACGCUCUGCUCCGACAAGGUCUCUGAAGUCAGGUGGAUCUCCUACAAGCUGGUUGUGGAGAUCCUCCACAAGUUGUACUCAAGUGGUGCCGAUGAUUUAGGCGUGAACUUCAUCAACGAGCUCACCGUCAGGUUCUGCCAUUGUCCCAAGUGGGUGGGGCGGCAAGCCUUCGCCUUCAUCUGCCAGGCGGUGGUGGAGGAGGACUGCAUGCCCAUGGAGCAGUUCAGCCAGCACCUCCUGCCCAGCCUGCUCAGCCUCUCGUCAGACCCGGUGGCCAACGUGCGAGUGCUGGUUGCUAAGGCCCUGCGACAAAGCAUCAUGGAGAAAGCCUACUUCAAGGAGGCGGGCUGCGCCUCCUCGGACGAGCUGGAGGAAACCGUCAUGGCGCUGCAGUCGGACAAGGACCGGGACGUGCGCUUCUUCGCCAGGUUUGACCCCAGCAAAGGCCAGACCGUGGACACUGCGCCCCUCAUCUAGCCUCCGGACCACCCACCCACUCUCUCUUUACCAGCACACCCGAUCCGGACCCCCACAACUCACCCAACCUCACCUCACGACUGCUAACAGAAAAGCACGAACCCACGUCGUUCGUUCUGUGGUGGACACGCCACACUAAAGCAGUUUUCAGGAAAUGAGCAGGACUCAAUUUUUUUUUGUUUUUUUCUCUGCACACUAACAAGCUUGACUCUCCAAAGCUAACUGAGCUUCGUUAGCUCAGUUGACUUUUUUUUUUUUUUUUUUGUGUACUUUUUGGCUUCUUUUUGAGCAUCUUAAAGGAGCAGCUGGCGUCUGCCUUGACUUUUGACGCUCGCACUAACUCAGGGGGACUCGAGCUACUCGCCGCCAUUUCGGACCCAAACACCUCCUCAUCUUCCUCCUCAUCAGUUUACCAAAACAACAUAAAAAUGUGACACCGACGACGACAAAAUACCUCCUGGACGUGGUUGGCCUCCAUUUGGUGAGCUAAAAUAAAAAUAAAAAAAAUCUCAUAAGGGCUGGAGCACAUUGUACCCCACAAACUCCCCUUCUUUGUGUGUAUAGUCUCUCCGGUGAACUGUCAGUGGAUCUGAUUGAGCGCUUGUGCAGUAAGUAGCAUACAAGACUGGAAGGUAUAAACGCAUCAUGACCCCCCCCCCCCCCCCCCCUCCCCACUCCCUUCCCCUCCCAUGGCGGAAUGAUCAACUUUUGAGGCUUCCACCUCCAUUUUGUGUACAGUUUUAAAACCUGUGGAUAACGUAUGACGUGAUGGAACCAAGGCCAGUGUAGUGAGGGUUUGAUAUUGCGGUGCACUUGUUGGUCCUUGUCACUUGUAAAUGUUUUUUUCUUUUUUUAAAUGAUUACAUACAUACAUUGACUUGAGAGCUGAUUGUGUGCGUGUGUGUCGCAGUUAUGGCGGCAUCGACUCAUCUCGUCUGUCUACGUUUUGUGUCCAUCUCAUUUUUUUUUUUUUUUUAAGUAGUAGAACAGUUAAUAUAUACUGUACAUUUUAUUGGAAAUUAUUUUUCUUCUCAAUUAUGCACCGUUGUUCAAAGAUUUUAUAUCCUAACUUUACAAGAUUUACAGACCUUUGUAAUAUUCAAUGGUUUCUUUUAAAAAGACAUUUUAUGUAAUGUUAUUUUUAGUACUCUGUAAUUAAAAUGAUGAAAUUUA